GUCUUCACUAGCUUCUAAGCACCUUAAUUAAACCAUUGUUCUACUUGUUUUUGGACCAAAGAAAGAGAAGGCAGAAAGACAUCUAUGCAAAGUGUCUUCGUCUGGCAUGUGCCGAUAGAAAUGUCUUCUUUUCCAUUGUGUCUCCUUGUUCAGGCAUUUUUUCAUUAUAAUAAUUUUUUAGGGAUUGUUGGGGGGGAUUAAUUAUUGUUGCAUCAAACUAGUAUUGUUUGGGUAAUAUUUAUUGGUUACCUAAUACUAUUAAUUUUUUUCUGGUUCAUGAUAAAGUAAAAUCAGGGCUAAGUUUGCUUUAGGUGCCAUUUUAGUUUUUAGGCAUUAUAGUAUUGUCGAAAUUCUAGAAACGAAAAAAUAAGAAACUUUUGAAUGACAUGGUUGGACUCCUUUUUCUUAUCGUUUGUAACUUUCUACAUGGGACGAUAGAGACUACAAGAUGGAAUUUGUUAAAGUUGGUUGUUUGUUUUCAAAACAGUUUUUGUCCACAGCAUAGAUGCACAAUGCAUGUUAGAAGAGUAAGAAAAAAGGUAAAAAUAGCCAUUGGAAUUUGAUAUAGUACAUCAAAGGUGGCCAAGUAAUUGGAGUAGUUGUGAAAUUUGGUCAAUCAUUUAUUAUAUUCAUGUUCUCUCAGUUUGCUUUAGUGUAAGUUCCCUUUAUACUUUUAGUGCCUCCUUUUAGUCCUUGUUUUUCGUGGUCUUCUCGAUCUGGGUUUUCAUUGAAUACACUGUUUUAUGUUCUUAAUGGAGGCUAAAUUAUUUUGAGUAAAAUUAGAAUGAGAUCUAUUUAAUGUUAAUAUUCUAAUCUAGCAAGUUAUUUUGAAGAAUAAGAGGUGAUAUACCUGGAAAACAUCGAAUGAGUGCCUUAAAAUCCUUUCCAUAUAUACCCUACUAUACAAGGAGUCGAACCUUGCCCCUCCCCUCUCAACAAUAAAAGAAAAUAGAAGCAACUUUUACCUACCUGCUAAACAAGAAAAAAAAAUAAAAGAACUAGAAAAUAAAAGAGAACAGUACCUCCUAAUCAAGUAAGUUUCUGGUAUGGUAUGUAUCAUUUCUGCAUGAAUUUUUUAGAACAGUACCGCCUAAUCAAGUAAGUUUCUAGUAAGUUUGGUAUGCUUUUGCUAUUUGACAUUUCACUUGAAGACUUCUGAGCAAUUGGUGGUAUUUGACUAUAAUUAAACACAUUAUUUGAUGAUAAUUUGAUUUAUAUCAAUAUAGCUUCAACAUGGGUGGUCACAGAGUAAGGAAUAAGGAACCAGCGUCAUGGUCACAUGAGAAUGAACAAGCUUUUAUCAAAAUUCUUUACGAGAGAGUGUAAUCAAACGCAUUGCAAUGUUCUAUAUUCACAAAAGACGAAUGGGGCAGGAUCAAUAAAACCAUGAUAGCAUCAACAAAAAUGGAUUACGGCAUAAAUAGAUUGAAGGGAAACUAGAACCGCUUGCGUAAGAUUCAUCGCAUGUUCUCUGAACUUUUGGGAUAUAUAGGUGAUACAUGGGAUCCAAAUACUAACAACGUUAAUGCUACAGAGGAAGUUUGGCAACACUUUUAUACGAUUAACAAGUCGGAUUACAAGUUGUUCAAGAGGGAAGGAUGUAAGCACUACCACGCUCUUGGAGAGAUCUUUAGCGGGAAACGGGAUUGGAUUUCCACUCAUAAGGAAGGAAGUUCUGGUUCUCUAAAUCUUAUAGUUAGUCAAGGAAAUUUCAAGUACCAUUGGAGAUGUAAAAAAGAGAAGAUUUACCAUAGCAGAAUCGUGGAUAGGGAACUAUACUAGCAACCUACUCAAUUUAUUGUAGAAAUUUUUGGAUCAAUUAUUAGACCAUGCUCUUACCUCACUGUCAAGCUAUCCGAACAAGAAAAAUGGAUACCAACCCGGACUUGCAAGAGAGCUACUACAGCUACUGGAGGAUUAGACAGUGCCUCUACUCAGCUUCCAAACACAUCAGAGGAAGAAUGACAACUAGAAGAUGAUUUUUUGAAUCGGGGAGUGAAUAUACGUGCAAAAAAUGAUGAUGACGUCGAUGUAACGAAAUUGGUAUAUCAGGUGAACGACGACGUAAGGAACCUAAGAUCGGUAAAAGUGAUAAACUCGAGGCUUGCAUGGCACAUUGGUCAUCUAAAAUUAGUUCGAGGAAUGAAGAAAUUGAACUUAGAACACUUUACUUAAAAGAAAAGCUUGCAAAGAUCCAAGGAAAAAUCAAGUAAUCAAUCAAAUAGUGAAGUAACUAGUCUGGAUCCUUAUUCAAAUAUUAUUUGCUUGGACAUCUUAAACAAUAUGGAAGGGGUGUCCAAUGAGGUUUAUAUGAAAGCAAUAAAGGCUUUUAAGGAUCUCGAUUUUAGGGUGUCAUUUGUAAAGAUGCCAAAAGCAAGGAGAGGACCUAUCUUGGAACUACUUUGACGUGACUGUGGUGUUAAUUUCUUCAGUAUUGUGUUGUUUUAAUUUGUGACUACUUUGUGUUGUUUUGAACUAUCUUGGAACUACUUUGUAUUGUUUAAAUUUCUCUAGUAUUGUGGUAAUGUUGUACUAUUUUCAUUUACGAACAUAGUGAUGUUGAACAUCGGAUAAUUGAUGUUAAUUUUUCUUUAGUUUCUAAAUGCUUGAUUGCUUAUUUUAUUCGAAAGAAUGGUGGUUGACAUGAC